CCCCAGCCCUAACCCUUCCUCUGAAGCUGCGUGACUAUGAGGAUAGUCAUGACUGCGAUUGGCACAGGAAGGGGGAUCUGAACAAGAUGCCAACAUUCUCAGUCCUCUACAAGGGAGCUGUAAUCAUCAGCAGGACAGUACUGGGGCCCUAUGGAGUAGACCGAAGAGUACACUGUGUAGAUUUCACAGACUGUGAGAAUGGACUGGGUAUUAAGGUGAUCGGAGGGUUAAGGGAGCUGACUGGAGAGGAGUAUGGGGUGUAUGUGAAGAGGAUUCUGCCUGGUGGUCUAGCUUCAGUGGACGGUCAGCUGCAGCCUGGAGACCAGAUUCUCGAGGUUAAUGGUGAGAGUCUGGUUGGAGUGACGAAUGAAAGUGCAGUGGAAAUCCUUCGAGCAGCCUCAUCAUCCAAUAACAUGCGGCUGAUGAUCGCCAGAGAUGAGCAGGGCAGGAGAGAGUUUUUGGAAUUAUUGGCAAAUUAUGGAUCCAGGGAUAGUACAGGAUCUGCAAGGAAUUCACCCACUCCGCAAGGAUCUGCCGGGGCAGAAAGAGAGAGAUCAUCAUCAAACUCCUCAUCGUCGUCCCUGGGCUCUGAACAGUUAAGCCCAGCUAGUUCUUGUAACUCAUCCAAUGGAAACGCUGGAAGUUUAAUUUGCUCUGAUGCACAUUGUCAUAGUGAUGAAGCAAUUCAGCUCAUUACAAUCACCAAAUCAGCGGGCCUUGGGCUGACUGUGACAGGAGGAUCCAACAGGCCUGAUGGACCGAAAGUCUAUGUGGAGGAUAUCAUCUUGGGAGGAGAUUGUCAGAAGGAUGGUCGACUCUGUCCAGGAGACCAGCUAGUUGCUAUAAACAAAAAGUCUCUGAUUGGAGUGACGUAUGAGGAAGCCAGGAGCAUCCUCAAUAAAAUGGCGAUCACGAAUCAAGGAACCAUAACAAUUGCCUUUUUACCAGGCAAGGGGUCUACACAUUCUGCUGCUUCAUUACACAACGGGGACCACUCAAUGCAGAAAAGCACUGGAAAUAGCUACAAUUCUUGUAGGAUGAAGGUUCAUGUGAGAACACCUAAGCCCCAACUUGAAGAUCACUGUCCAGUGCCUUUCCAGUCACCUGACAUUUGUCCACUACAGCUUACUGCCUCAGCUGCCAAAACAUCCAUUCAGAAAGAAGUGCCCAGUAUCAAACGUAAAGUCUCUCUGGACCCCCAUGUUCGGUUAAAGGUGGAUAAGCUCGAGUUGGCACUGAAGUACCUUGGUUUACAUGUCACAGAAGAACGAACAAGACAACUGAGGCUCAGUCUCACAAAUGAUUCACAGGGAACCGUGGCCUUUGGAGAUUUUGUGCAGGCAGCAAGAAUUAACUUGCCACAGGAGCUGGAGGAUGUUGGCCUAGGUCAAAGACCCCUGAUGUUUUCACCUCAUGAAGUAGCGAACCUUUUGGAUACAACAGCUUUCCAAUCCCCGAUCUUUAGCUCCAAAGCCUUCCAUGACACUGAGAACGUGGACCACCUGCAGUCAGAAGUAACUGAAUUGCAUCAGGAAAUUAAGAGAUUGAAGGCUGUUAUCAGGGAGAUGGAGAAGGACAAGAAAGCACUGGAAGAGGAGCUGCAGCAGAUCACCCAGAGAGCCACAGCCGCUGCUGCAGAUAACAGGGGUCUGCAGAACAAGCUGCACUUGGCCAGUGCGGUUCAGCACGGGGCCCACUCUGCUGAACAGGACUAUGAGGAGGCUGUAUGUCUUCUGGAGGCCGAGAUCUUGGACCUCAGAUCCCAGCUGGAAGGAAAGGCACAGCGUCAUUCAGCAGAGUUAGACAAGGAAAAUAAUCAGGAUCUGCGGGCAAGACUGUCAAUUGCCAACAGCCAGCUGCAGACAUCUGAACUCAGUCGCAAACAUCUGGAAAUCUCCAACAGGAAGCUAUUGUCCUUUGUUGAGAAAGUACAUAAGGUUCUAACAUCCGCCACGGUUCGGGGAACUGACCAAGGGGUGUUCAAAACCAAGCAUCUGCGGAGAGAAAGUGGACUAGCCCUUCCUGGUCCUGAACAACUCCUUGCGGCUGAAGCCAAGCAGCUGAUUGAGGGGAUCUGCUCUCCAAGCUGUGAAAACAGACGACCAGAACUACAUACGGUGCUCCAGCAGAGAUCUCACCAACAUCCUGUACAACCACAACACGACGUGCCAACUCCUACAGCCAAAGGUUUGAGCAAUGAAGAUGCACUUACUAAACAUGGAGCCCUGCCACAGGAGCUGUUAACACAGAACAGGAAAAGCAGUCGGGAGAAGAACGCUUCAUCACAAAUACAUAGAAACAGCCCGUUGCAAGAAAUAUUAUUUAUUUAAAACAUGUAAAAAUUGAUGAUAUUUUGUUGUUUAUAUAUAUGUAUACGUUAUAUAUAUUAUGUAAUAUUAUACAAAAGAAAGUAUUUUGUGCUAUAGAUAGCAGGCCUAAUGAGACAUUGGAGGUAGAAGAAACAAACUCAAUGCUGUUAAUGCUUUUCCUCACCAGCCUGGCUGAUUGGGAGCUGCGUUUGAAAGGCAGGGCUGAAAACAGACAUUAGAAGGGUGGCACACUGGCUCAGCAGUUAGCCCUACUGCCUCACAAUGCCAGUGGCCCAGAUCCAACACCAACAGUGGGUGGGUGUCUGUGUGCAAUUUGUACGUUCUCCCUGUGUCCGUGUGGGUUUCCUCUGGGCACUCUGGUUUUGUUCCACAGUCCAAAGAUUCCCAGUUUAGGUGGAUUGGCCGUGCCAAAUUGCCCCGUUAGUGUCCACUGAUGUGUAGGUUAGACAGACUAGCCGUGGUUUAAUGCAGAGAUUGGGUGGGAUGCUCUUUGAAGAGUUGGUGCAGGCUCAGUGGGACAAAUGGCCUCUUUCUGCACUGUAGGGAUUCUAUGAUUCUAACUCUUGUUAAUGUGCCCAUAGGGUCCCCACACCUGAAUGUUGAAUGGAAUGGUAGAGCCCCAUGACUUUAGCAGAUCAAAUGUUUGUGCAGAUUGAGUACAGGUUGCCACACUGUAAGGAUUGCUAGACUUUGUGCCCAUUGAUACCCCCAAAACAGGUGUGGAAUAUAUCAGUAAUUAGCUGGUACAUAUCCCAAGUGAAGCAAUAACUGCACAUAUAAGGGGUUCCAUGGUAUCAACAUGGCCCACGUCUAGUGGAUAGCACUCAACUUGAUAACAGGAGGGUGAAUAUUGCUGAGGACCAGGACAGUACAUCUAGCGUCACCCCAAAAUCUUUAUUGUCAAGAAAAAUCUACAGAUGCCGGAGACCUGAAACAAAAAAAAACAGAAAUUGCUGGAGACGCUCAGCAGCACCUACGGAGAGAAAACAGAGUUAACAUUUCAAGUCUGUAGUGACCCUUCUUCAGAACAAAAUUUUUAUUGCUUUAUUUGAGACUGAGUUGGUAGAUGUAACUUAAGACCUAGGUGACUCCUGUCUGCAGUCAAGUUGAGUGCUAUCCCCUAGAUUUGGGACAUGUUGAAACUAUGGAACUUUCAUUAUAAGGUGGCAAGUGAAACAGCUUCAGCUAUAUAGCUGCAGCACUCACAGGGGCGCAGCUGUGUAAAGCAGUUGUAAUUACCCCUUAUAUACACACAUUAAUGCUCAGCUCAAUUUCCAGCACAUUUCACAAACCCACAAUGCUGUAGCAGCCUGGGGAGAAAUCUGUGGAAGUUCACUACAACUUGUGUCAAGAGCUGAGGAAGGGUCACCAGACCCAAAACGUUAAUUUUGAUUUUUUUCUCCACAGACGCUGCCAGACUUGCUGAGCUUUUCCAGCAACCUGUGUGCUAGUGUCAAGGAUAAUGGGAACUGCAGAUGCUGGAGAUUCCAAGAUAAUAAAAUG